GAGAAUUGGAAAUAUCGCGGAACAAGAACGCCAACGUGUUCUUCGGCUGCUUUAGACUUUUCUUAUUAUAAAAAGUCAAACCUCCUUCUCAACCAUAAAUUAAAUUUCCACUGUAGUGUCAAGUUACAUAGAAACAAAAUCCAUGGCUUCAGUGAAUUCUCGAAGUGGUUUCUGCAACUCAAACUCAACAUUCUACAGCAAACGAACACCAAUCCCACUCCCGCCAAAUCCAUCACUCGACGUCACUACUUUCAUUUCUUCACAAGCUCAUCGUGGCCGUAUCGCCUUCAUCGACGCUUCCACAGGUCAAAACCUCACCUUCACCGAGCUAUGGCGUGCCGUGGAAUCCGUCGCCGAUUGUCUCUCCGAGAUAGGGAUUCGCAAAGGCCACGUCGUCCUCCUCCUCUCCCCAAACUCAAUUUUAUUCCCCGUCGUUUGUCUCUCCGUCAUGUCACUAGGCGCAAUCAUCACCACCACGAAUCCACUCAACACUUCAAACGAGAUCGCUAAACAGAUUAAGGAUUCAAAUCCAGUCCUCGCCUUCACCACAUCGCAGCUUCUCCCGAAAAUCUCCGCCGCCGCAAAGAAGCUCCCGAUCGUGCUUAUGGACGAGGAACGAGUUGACUCAGUGGGUGAUGUGAGAAGAUUGGUGGAGAUGAUGAAGAAGGAACCGAGUGGGAACCGAGUCAAGGAGCGAGUUGACCAGGAUGAUACGGCGACUUUGCUUUACUCUUCAGGAACCACGGGAAUGAGCAAAGGAGUGAUCUCGUCUCACCGUAACUUAAUCGCGAUGGUUCAAACCAUCGUGAAUCGAUUUGGAUCUGAUGAUGGAGAGCAACGAUUCAUCUGCACUGUUCCUAUGUUUCACAUCUACGGUUUAGCUGCGUUCGCUACUGGAUUACUCGCUUACGGAUCUACGAUCAUCGUUCUCUCUAAAUUCGAGAUGCACGAGAUGAUGUCAGCGAUUGGCAAGUAUCAAGCCACGUCUUUGCCUCUCGUGCCUCCGAUUCUUGUGGCGAUGGUUAACGGUGCAGAUCAGAUUAAGGCUAAGUAUGAUUUGAGCUCUAUGCAUACUGUUUUAUGCGGCGGAGCUCCGUUGAGUAAGGAAGUGACUGAAGGAUUCGCGGAGAAGUAUCCGACGGUUAAGAUUUUACAAGGUUAUGGGUUGACUGAGUCAACGGGUAUAGGAGCUUCUACGGAUACUGUUGAGGAAAGUCGGAGAUACGGUACCGCUGGGAAAUUGUCGGCAAGUAUGGAAGGGAGGAUUGUUGAUCCGGUUACUGGUCAGAUUCUUGGACCGAAACAAACCGGUGAGCUUUGGCUCAAGGGUCCUUCCAUAAUGAAAGGUUAUUUCAGCAAUGAGGAAGCUACGAGUUCGACUCUUGAUUCUGAAGGAUGGUUAAGAACUGGAGAUCUUUGCUAUAUCGAUGAAGAUGGAUUCAUAUUCGUGGUUGAUCGGUUAAAGGAACUGAUCAAGUACAAGGGUUAUCAGGUGAUAUAUAGAACACAAAUUUUGAGCAUGGUCGAUGUUGAUGCUAUAGAUUUAUAGUCCUUUUGAAGCAUUAGAAAAUGCUGAUGAGUCAAAAAUCGUCUUUUGUGAACUGAUGAUAGAGUCUGCCUGUAGUGAUAUGCUGAUGGAUCAUGUCAUCCUUUUUAUUUAGUAGUGAGUUUGUUUGGCUAAACUGCUAGAAACCUGACCUCCUUCGUUCCUUUGAACUAAUAAGUAAUCUCUGAGUCUUGAUAUGAUGAUUGUGUGUGUAUGAUAAGCUUUUCGGGAUGGAGAUGGAGUAUAUUUGAACAUCAUUCUUUAUCUUACUGACUUUAGAGAAGCAUUGGCUCUAUCUAUAGCAAUGAGAUGAAUUUGUGCUAAACUAAACUUAUUUUGGUGAUUAUUGUAUAGGUUGCUCCAGCUGAGCUAGAGGCUUUGUUGCUUACUCAUCCUGAAAUCACUGAUGCUGCAGUGAUCCCGUUUCCGGACAAAGAAGUGGGGCAAUUUCCAAUGGCAUACGUCGUAAGGAAAACUGGGAGCAGCUUAUCAGAGAAGACAAUAAUGGAGUUUGUAGCGAAACAAGUAGCACCAUACAAGAGGAUACGAAAAGUUGCUUUCGUAUCUUCAAUACCAAAGAACCCUUCAGGCAAGAUUCUACGCAAAGAUCUCAUCAAGAUAGCAACUUCCAACUCCAAGCUUUGAAAUUAUUAUGAGAGUCAAUCUCCAUGUAUUAUUUAUUGUUUGUGCUGUAGACCUGUAGAAAAAUCUGAUACUAUGCAUCCAUGUUGAAAUAUGACCAUGUGGUCCCAAAACACAGAAGAUUACACACAUAAAUGGCCACUAUAUGGUUUAUGUAAUAGAGUAUAUGUUCAAAACAUGUUUCUGAUCAAAUUGGUCAAAUUAUCCUAAGUUCUAACUCAGAUUGAUUAUGGCAGUAAUUAUAACUUGAGUUUUGUUUAUUGUGAAAAAAGGUUCAAUAUUUUUU